ACAGAAGAGCUGAUAUCUCAGAAGUUGCGUAUUGAAUCCCAUCUUGGGGCCCCUGCAUUCUGGUAGAAUUGACUAAUGCGAUUGUGAUGUAUCGUAUGUCCUGUUUCAUUACAUGUGUUGAUCGAAACUGCAAUUGAGAUGCUUAAUUUAGAUAGCAUAUUUCCUGAAUAAUGUUACGGGUUUUUUCAGUUAAAACAUCGUAAACCAUUUUGAUCAUCAACCAUAUCUACAUGUAGUCCCUUCGAUGACAUGGCAGCAAAGACGUACGACUCGCACAACAGAAGCAUAUUAAGGAGAGCACGUGCCGGGGACUUACUAGAAUUCAACCGUGGAUGGUACUCCCAUUGGGGGGUGUAUAUAGGAAACGAGCAGGUGGUGCACUUAGGUGGUGUCGACAAUGAUGGACUCAAUGGUACCAUAAAAUCCAAUCACGUGUUUACUAUCAGUGGAAAAACAUUCAACAAAGCUGUAGUAAGGAAAGAUAACUUCUGGAAAGUGGUAUUGGAUUCUAAGGUGGAUAUCAAUAACGGCAAAGACAAAAAAUGCAGACCUCGAGCAGCGCAUGAAGUUGUGAAGGAGGCACUUAGUAAGCUGGGCGAAAUUGGUUACAACGUGCUGUGGAAGAACUGUGAACAUUUUGCUGCUUUCUGUAGAUACGGAGUUAACUGGUCUGAACAGGCAGACAAAGCCCUCAUGGGAAUGGCGGUGGCAGGUGCUACUGUGGUCGUGGGAGGAAUACUCAGAGAGGUAUUUAAAGGGAAGAAAGAGAAGAACAAGACGUAUUGAUAUUCCACUACUGACAUUUUAACGAAAUCAUCACAAUCUUGAUAUGUAAAAUAAUGAUAUAUAUAUAUAUAUAUUUCUGCAAUAACUGUGUCUAAUUUGGGUGACUAUUUUGUUCAUUUCCUCGAUUUAGUACGCUGCACUUUGUUAAAUGUAAGUGUACACGACAAAUAUAAAUUCAUUUUAACAGAUGUUUUCCCUACUAAACCACAAUGUCUACAAUGGUCCUUUAUAGUAUGAUAUAACAUUUGAUAACAUUUGAAUAUACCUAACUUUGUGAUAACUGCAUUGGUACAUGGAGGUAAGAUUUGGAGAGUGCUAUGGUGUGAUAUUCGUUCAUUGUAUUGUGACGUUAUUCUUCAGACUGAUUUCUCAUAUCUUUGGAAAAACAAUUAAACACAAUAGAUGAUGUUGAUACAUGUAUAUACAUGUUUGAUCUUGAGCAAUAUAAAUUUAUUAUAAACAUCUUUUGAUUCUGAAAUUUCUGGUUUUAGAGACUUUGCUCGGAUUCAAUGUGAAACUUCAAAUAUUAAGAAUAUUUUUGAAACCAUUAAAACACUGCAAGCACAAUAUGAGUAACAAAUGUGCGUACCUCGGUGUGGCAAUAACUUUUUUUUUCAGGUAUCGUAAUAUACAUGUGUAUGGAACUGGCUAUCGAUAAGCUGCUAUAAAAAUAAUUUUGUUUGUCAUGCACUGUCAAGAAGAAUUUUCCUUAUUACCCAAAACCAACUUUAAAACUUGAUAAAUAAUUGUGCUCACUUCCUUGAUUAUACGAACCAAACGAAAUCAAAUGAUUACAUUGGCAAAACUUCGAUUAGAUAUGCUGACGAUUACUUGAGUGGUCAAAUAUCACUCAAUCAUACCGAUCAUCGACUAAAUAUUUAAUAGUCGAUUAACUGGUAAAACAAAUUUGUACAUUAAACGAAACACUCCUGUCUAAGUUAACUUUGUAGUGUAGACUUCGGUAUAUGCGGAAAAAGUUCGAUCGAUGUCUAGAUGAGCUUAUUGAUCGCAUUGUAGUGUUUUGUAAUAUCAAUGUAACAUGUGCAUAUUAUUUUUAUUACCUAUUACUUUUACUGCAUAAUAAAAAUUAUAUAUG